AGUCAGGAGAUAACCCCAUCCCACCCACUCAGCCACUAGCAGUAACAAGAAAGGAUAAGAUCCUUGUUUCCAUCACUCAUUAUCCAUGAGACUGGCAGAAUACUAAACCACCAACAAGCAAAUUCCAAAACAAACAAUUCUCAUACUGUAUGCAGAGAUGGCUUCUCUUAGCUACCACUCACUGCAACUCACCAACAUCUGCAACAAGAGGAGUCAGCGGAAAAAUGCCAAUGACAAUGUCACAACAUUCAUCAUCUCUUGCACGAUGCAGCAGCCUUCUCAAAACAAUAUCAAGGUGGUGAUCAAUGGUGCAACAAAGGACAUCGGAAGGGCUGCAAUUGUAGCUGUAACUAAGGCCAGAGGGAUGGAAUUGGCUGGAGCUAUCGAUACUCGCUUAGUAGGAGAAGACGCUGGAGUGAUAUGUGACAUGGAAGAGGCAUUGGAGGUUCCAAUUCUGAAUGAUCUUACUAUGGUCUUGGGGUCUAUAUCACAAUCAAAAGCAACAGGAGUUGUCGUCGAUUUCACCAAUCCAUCAACUGUUUAUGACAAUGUCAAGCAGGCAGCAGCAUUUGGCUUAAGAAGUGUAGUCCAUGUGCCAAAGCUUCAGUUAGAUACUGUUAGUGCACUGUCUGGGUUUUGUGAAAAGGCAAGCAUGGGUUGUCUUAUUGCACCAACGCUCUCAAUCGGCUCUGUGCUACUCCAACAAGCUGCCAUUUCAGCUUCAUUCCACUACAACAAUGUAGAGAUUGUAGAAUCAAGAGCCGAUUCAAAGGAUCUUCCUUCGCCAGAAGCAAUCCAAAUAGCUGACAACCUGUCGAAUCUCGGACAGUUAUAUAACAGAGAAGACAUUUCAACUGAUGCACCGGCAAGGGGGCAGAUUCUGGGUGAGGAUGGCAUCAGAGUCCAUAGCUUGGUUCUUCCAGGACUUCCUUCGAACACAACAGUCAACUUCUCAGGUCCAGGAGAGGUUUACACCUUGAAGCAUGACAUCACGAAUGUACAGAGCCUCAUGCCCGGGCUAAUCUUAGCAAUCAGGAAGGUGGUACGUCUUAAGAAUUUGAUUUACGGCUUGGAGAAAUUCUUGUAGUAAAUCUAGUUUCCUUCAAGAGGAGAUUUUGAUUCAGUUGCCUCUAAUAUGGGAAAGGACUCAGCAGAUGAAAAGGUUGAUUGCAUCAGUUCAACCCACUAUGUUCGAACCUUCAAGAAAAUUUUACCAGGCAAUAGAGAGUAUGAUCCAAUUCUUUUGUGAGGGCUCAAGUGAAACAAUAAAUUGAUCAAAAGUCAUUUUGCAAAAUCAAUGAGAAAAAAAUGAAGACUGGUAAUGCUUGUAAGCAAUCAUACAUAUGUGCUAGUCUUUGUGGUAACUAACCCAUGAUUUAUGUGA